AUGAUGCUAGUGCUUUUAAUUAUUUGCUGGAUCUUCAUUCAAACCUCUCAAUCCAGUUCUCCUGUGUACGGUUAUUAUAUUGGUGGAUACUAUUCCGAUGCUUCCGACGAUAAUGCAACAACAUAUGAUUCGGCGUUUGAGGAAGCGUUAACGAAAUAUGACGACUAUGAAUCACAGGCGUUGGAGAUUUACAGAAUCUACUGUAAGCAGUCAUGCACACAGGAAUUCGAAGAGUUACCUACUAAAUAUUGUGAGCUGUGUUACUGCGACGUUGCUUGUAAUUAUUAUGGGGACUGUUGCCCUGAUUAUCACUACAUCAACAAUUCAAAGAUUGUGGACCAUGUCUGUGAAUCUACAUCCAUACCUGCAUAUGGCCUUUACACUAAAUACGUUACCAAAUGUCCCAAAGAUUUCAAAGAUGGAGAACUUUUACAAAAGUGUGAACAAACAUCACCGGACAAUUGGAGAUCAAUGCAAGUUGUUUCAGAUCCGGACUCCAAAGUUACAUAUCGAAAUAAGUAUUGUGCUGAAUGCCAUGGCGUAGGUUCUCCAGCAUUGAAAUGGGACAUUAGUAUCUAUUGUGAGAGGGAUCCCCCGAAACCACCUUUCAACAGAAAACAAGACGUAUACUUAGCCGCAGUGAAAGAUGAAUCCUGUGUAAUUAUAUUCAUUUUAGCCGAUUCUACUCUCUUCCGUCCUUGCGGGAACACAGUCAGCUAUCCAAGGAUCUGUAACGCUACUGGUCAAUGGGGUGUAUAUGAUCCUUUGAUUGAGCGAGGUUGUUUGACUUUUCCUGCAAAUCAAGUUAGAUACUACGCAAAUAUCUUCUGUUACAUGUGUAACACCUAUAUGACGUGGGAAGCUUUAAAAAAAGAGGCAGUUGGUCGUGAUCCAAAUGUUUUUCGAGUGACUCUAACAUCCCUGUUGGAACUAGGCGAAGAUGAUGAUGAUGAUAGUGAUGCUACUGAUGAUGACAUGUGCCAAAUCAUUGACCCUUAUACAUGUGACUGUAGAAAUCCCUCAUGUUCCGAAGAAAAGGAAUACAAAGACGGGGAGUGUAAAGCGGUUUAUAAAGUCACCAAUUCCUAUUUGUAUAACCUCUGUCUGCAUGGUGUCAUGGUUUUCAACGAAAGUGUCCUUAGUACAGAUGUUGAAAAGGGUUUCCUUGAGUUCUUCACGGAUCGUAUAACCUCCCUAAAUGCUGACAUAUAUUCUUGUAUUUACGAUCCGACGUAUAUUUCCAGCUGCAGACAAAAUACCAGCAUGACGAUUUUAUUUACUUUUGUAUGUCGCCUUUAUUUAAGAGAACCAAGCAAUAGCGACGCAUUCGAACAAGAGAUAUUCUCAUUGAUUGACAAGGAAUUGAAUUUGACUAUGCAAUAUCAGUCAGUAAAGCUGACUUUUGGUGAUGAUUCUUGUCCAGUCGAGAAUGACUUAUAUUUUAUGAAUUAUGAUGGCACACGUCGCUGCAGGGAUUAUCCAACCUAUCUUCGAAAGGUCAGCACAAUGGAUACAUCUACUGGCAUAAGAAUUUAUGAGAGUGUCAAAGACAUAGAAUUAACUAGGCUUUUGUCGUGUCCGAGGAUCCAUCUGUCUGUGAAUGAAACAAUUCUGUCUACUGACAACAAAACACUGACCAUUAAAUCAACCAACAAAACCAUCGCUACUCCGGACUUUUCCCCGAAUGAUGAGAGAGGUUUUAUCGUCUGCUUGGAUGACUAUCUUGAUUCUGACGUAGAAAGGUUAUACUGUGACUUCAAACGAGAAGCUGCCGUUACGAGUCCAAAAAUAACCGCUUUGGGUAUAUUGUCUGGCAUCUGCACAUGUCUUUCUGUAUUGUUUCUGUUAAUAACGUUGAUGAUCUUCUGCUUGUUCAAAAGCAUGCGGACAUCCAUUGGUCUGGGAAUCAUGGCUCUUUGCCUUUCUCUGCUCGUGGCUCAAAUUCUUUUCGAGUUCGGUGCGGAACAAACGGAAAUUAAAUGGGUGUGUGAAACGAUUGGAAUAGCAACGCAUUUUUCGUGGUUGGUGUCUACGUUUUGGAUGAAUUUCUGCACAGUGAGUCUCUUCUAUAAGCUGAACUUCCCGAUAGAGUCCAGACAUAUUUCCAAACGGAAAAUGAUGACCUACUCGACUCUGUAUUGCUCUGGAAGUUCCGCCCUGAUUAUUGGGGCAUUGGUUCUUGGCUCCUGGUUGAAUGAUGGGUCUCUUGGGUAUGGGGGAUCGUCGUGCUAUAUAUCAGGGUCAAGUGGACGUCGUUUAGGAUUCGCUUUACCAGUUGGUCUUCUGGUGUUUACCAACAUCAUCCUCUUUGCUUGGACCUUCAUCAAGCUGAAAAGGCACCAGCAGGUUCAAUCGACCCAGGAGAACCAGAUCAGCAUGCUGGCCUGCUUGAAGCUAUCUGUCAUUACAGGACUUACUUGGGUCUUUGCCUUUCUGUUUGAAGCAACGGGGUUCAUUGUAUUCGCUUAUCUGUUUACUCUAUUUGUCGGCGCACAAGGCUUUGUCAUUUUCUUGGCUUUCGUUUUCAAUAGACGAGUCUUGAAGUUGCUGAAGAUCAGAUUUGGAUUUGCUAAAACGAAGAAUAAACAAUCUCAACAAAGUAUUUCCAAAAAUGACCCAGGCUCAGAGACGAAAACAGAUGGAACCAAAACCUCGGAACAUGAGGGUACCAACAAAUUUUAA